UGUUUCCUGUUUGGACAAGGCAAGAAAAAAAAAAGUCUGUUGGAAUUUCGAUCCAGACCUUAUAUUUAUGGGGUUCUGAAAAAUUAUUAGCUCAUAAAAAUGGCGUCUGGAGUUGACAAACGAACGGAAGAAAACACAGUCGAGAGUCUGGCUGAAGUUUUCCGAUGUUUUAUUUGCAUGGAAAAACUGAGAGAUGCUCGUCUGUGUCCUCAUUGUUCAAAACUCUGCUGUUUCACCUGCAUCAUGAGAUGGUUAACAGAGGAAAGAUCUCAAUGCCCUCAUUGCAGGGCUUCCUUACAUCUUCAUGAAUUAGUAAACUGUCGAUGGGCUGAAGAAGUGACACAACAACUUGAUACGUUACAGCAGUUUGCUCCUGCUCCUCCAGUUGAUGUUACCAAUGAUAGUAAUCAUUGUGAAGAACAUCGAGAGAAAUUAAGUGUUUAUUGUUUAACGUGUAAAGAAUGUAUCUGUCAUCAAUGUGCCUUGUGGGGAGGAACGCACUCUGGUCAUACUUUUAAACCAUUAGACGGUGUUUAUGAAGAACAUGCUAAAAAACUAUCAGAUGAAUUAAACCAAGUUAAAAGACGCCAUAUUGAAUUGAUUAGUUUAGUACAAGAUGUGGAACAUAAUAUAGAAAGUGUUAAAAAUGGUAAAGAUGAGAGAGUGAGAGAAAUACGCAAUGCUGUUGAAUUGAUGAUUGCACGACUUGAAUCUCAAAUGAAGAGUAAACUAUUAACAUUGAUGGGUCAAAGGUCAAGAUUGAGUCAUGAAACGGAAGUACUAGAAACAAUCAUCCAGCGGGCUAAUAUAGAUUUAAAUACGCGCAGUAAAAGUCAUCUCAUACAACAGUUUAAAGAAUUAAUGGACAUUUUUCGUCAAGUUCAUAGAGGACAAAGAUCAUCUUUCGUUACUACUCCAGUCCAAGCAGACUUCAACAGUGAAAUAGUUCCCCUGUAUGAUACCAGUAUGUUUGAAAUGAAGAAUUUUAGUUUAUUACGUCAACGAGCAGAUCCAGUUUAUAGUCCUCCAUUAAAUGUUUCGGGUCUAGCAUGGAGGUUAAAAGUUUAUCCUGAUGGUAAUGGUGUUGUUCUAUAUAUUACGUUAUUUUUUAUCAUAUUAUUUAUAGGAUGGUAA